CAUUCAUGUUUGUGUAACCACAUCGUGCGCUAUGGGAGAUGUUUUUACGAUCAAUUGUGUAGCUGCUACGAAGUGAGAUAAGGAUUUCUUAUUCCCUAUAAAAUGGAAGCACCGGAUUCCAAUCCGAAUUCGAAUAAUACGAAUACUAAUAGUGUUACCAGUAAUGGCAUAAGUACUUCAACGAAUUCUGCUAUUAGCGGCUCAUCUGGCGGCCGGAUCAAACGAAAACAAUGGGUUCUCCACGAUGGUCCCCACGGAUCGCUUCAGCGGCUUCGGCUCCGCAUGGCAGAGGAAGGCUGUGGCCAUAGUCAAGUGGCACUAGCUAAACAAUUUCUUUCAGAAAAUUGUGCAGAAAGUGACCAGAUGGCAAUUCACUGGUUAUUGAAAGCAGCUGACCAGGGUCAUUAUGAAGGUGCAGAACUACUCAAGACUUGUUUUGAAACAAAUAGAGGCAUAACAGAGAGCAACUGCCACAAAAUACGCUCUUUCCUGGAUAUGUCCCAGCAUGAAAGGGCUGCAAGGUUAGGUGCAAAAACCUUAUUUUCCAACAUGGCACAAGGAAAUGAAUUCAUAACUACAAAGCAACUGGAACAGUGGCUAGAAGAUAGUUUUGCGUCACAAAAAACUUCACAGCUUGAAAACGAAGAAGCUCUGAAGCAGGUCACUGAUUCUUCUUCAUUAGUGUUGGGAGGAGAACUGAUCAGCGAACAGCAUAUGAUGUCGGCUGCGUCUGUCUACGCAUCCGGCCAUUUCCCACCUCUAUUACGGUUACUCAAUCUGGGAUCCAAACAAAAUCUUAGCCACAUGUAUCAUUGGCUGAAAUGUUGCAAGCUUGUUGACUUUACCCAUCCCCUAUCACUAUCCCUUAUGUUUUCAUUAGUUAUAAUUUCGUUUGCCUUUAGCAACCCUAUUUUGUUACUCAACUUGCAACUAUCGUCCGCCUUAAUUUUGCUCACUUGGGUCCUGGCUUUAGCGGCAGCCAUAUACUUUACAGUCCAAUCAUGUCACUCGGUUAGGGAAUGGAACAUGUUCCAUGGUUGGUCGUUGCUAUUAUCCCAACAUGCCCAACGACUCCUCGAACCGGUCACGGCCGAAAAUUUGUAUAUUUUCGGUAUAUUUCCAUACCAUCUUGGGCGACUUUUAUUAGCGACCUUGCUAUGUAUUUCACUCCAACCCGCAUUACAGCUGGUGCGCUCCUCCUUACCUGAUCCGGGAUCAUGGAUCCCAUUUGGCGAACUAAGCGUUCUGGCAACAUUACUCUGCUCGACCUGUCUCGAUUGUCAUGUCGGAGUCGGACUUUAUGAUCUGCUGUAUCUCGUCUGUUGGAUCCUUUGGCGAGCUGAUAUCAGCCUCUGGAGUUUCUAUUCUGAAGAUGACGAGAGCACAUCACCGCGCUGGACUCAACUUUUUCGCUCUUCUUGGAGUAUUCGUUUCCAUCUGGGUACCGCUGUAACGCUCUUGGGAACCGUGCUUCUUAUUUACCUAUACGCCAAAAGAAUGAGACAGUUCAACUAUGCAAGUCAUAGAUUGGCUUGGUCUCUUCCGCAUUUUCUCAGUCUCUUCUGGCUUUUCUUAGCCAUUGAUUGGUUCCAGUUAUCCGGCUACGAUGGGAUCUUGCGUGGUAUGGGUUUCCUUAUUGCUGCUGCCCUUCUCCGUUCUAACUUGCUCACCAAAGCCAACGUGCUUCUUUGCAUUACCUCCUACUCAUCUGGAUCUGCAGUCGGUUUAGCUCCUUGGAUGGGACUUGGCGUGGCUGCCUGCCUAAUCACUAUAUUUCGAAUGAGAGCUCAGUUCUCAAAUCUAAAGAGCCAAAGCGUCCUAAUGGUAGUAUGCCUAGCCGUACUCACCUAUCGUCUAAUGCAGUUUGUAAAAACUCCUGACAUGCUUCCCGAAGACGUCUUGGAGUUGCCUACAACGACCCCUGUUCCUGCUAUUCACUUGCGGCCAGGAUUAGGUGGCAUCAGUCAUGGAUCCAUUGGUGAGGAUUUGAACUCUGAUUCAGGAGAGCUUACUUGGGAGCGUUAUCACGAGUUCUGCUUCUAUUCGCCAUCCUCUGACUCUAGUUCCUCUAUAGCUUCUAUUCAACUGGCAUGUUCCGCCCUUAGCGGAUUGAGUGUUGAGUGGGAUGGGGUUGUCCGUCAGGUUUCCAUUGAAAGUCGACAGAAUACGAUUGAGUCGCUAUUGCAAUGGCUCCCAUCAAAGUGGUAUGAAUGGCUUGUUUGCCGAAUUGGAGAAAAAUGGCCUCCGUGUCACAACCACAACCAUGGCAUGCCGCAGUCACUUGACUCGAGACGGUGUCAUUUAAUUUGGCGAUUAAAUCACGAUCGUGGAAGACUGUGCCACGUUGAUAACUUCUCCAAAUUCACUCUGCGCAUCGAGGUAGAAUCGAAGGUUCCGAUUCAACUGUCAUCUUGGUUCAGUGAUGCUAAUAGUGAUAAAACGCUGGCAGUAGAAUUACUAGCUGGUCCGCGAUUCCAAAAGUUGGCUUUGCGUUUGUUAUCGGGCCAAGAAAUUCGUUUCCGAGGCACAUUCUCAUCGCCGUCAGUUGGUGGUCUCAAACCGGAAUUGGUAUUGAGCUCGUUGGAGUGCUUGUCUUGUCAAUCGGAUAGCUCGUAUAACGGUCGUACAGAGUCUGCUGCCGACCAACCAGUACAUGAGUUGCCAGAUGCCAGUAUUUUCGUCGAUAAGGCGUUGCAAGGAGCGGCAGAUUUCGUCCUGCCGCAUUUUUUACGUCUUAAUGUCACCCAGUUGCUUCAUUCUGGCUAACUGCUUCGCAAAAUCACCCUUACAUCUUUAACACAUUUAAUUUAUGCUUUUACCCAUCAGCAUUUUUCAAUGAUGAUAUUUUCGUGCCAUCAGUGAUCGUUGUUCAUGUCACAAAAACUAUAGGUAGCUUUUAUGAAUAAAAUAAUUAAUAAUAGAAA